AACCCCUAAAAUUCGAGCGAACCCUCUCCUAGUUUUUCAGAGAGAGAAAAGGAGGUCUUCCAAUUCAACCUGCUUCUCUCUCUACUCUCUUUCUCUCUCUACAUUUCCUCAAAACCCUUAGCGUACUUUGCAAUCGAACUUUCUUCAAUGGCGAACAGCAAUUUACCUCGAAGAAUUAUCAAGGAAACUCAGCGUCUCCUUAGUGAGCCAGCACCAGGAAUUAGUGCGUCCCCUUCAGAAGACAAUAUGCGGUAUUUUAAUGUUAUGAUUCUUGGUCCAACGCAAUCUCCUUAUGAAGGAGGGGUUUUCAAGCUUGAAUUGUUUUUGCCUGAAGAAUACCCAAUGGCUGCUCCCAAGGUUCGAUUUCUCACCAAAAUAUACCAUCCUAACAUUGAUAAGCUCGGAAGGAUAUGCCUUGAUAUUCUCAAAGACAAAUGGAGUCCUGCUCUUCAAAUUCGAACUGUGCUCUUGAGCAUUCAAGCUCUUCUGAGUGCUCCUAAUCCAGAUGAUCCACUCUCUGAGAACAUUGCGAAGCAUUGGAAAAGUAAUGAGGCUGAAGCCGUUGAAACAGCAAAGGAGUGGACCCGCCUAUAUGCAAGUGGUGCUUGAUGAUGUGGUGGAAACUAGGUUUUCCCUGCCAAAUAACAAAAUAUGCAAAUGUAUUCUAAUGACUGGAGUUUAAAUGCAAAUUUGGAGGAACUGAUGAUCGAACCAUUGGAGUUACAAUUACUGGCUUGAUAAUUGUUUCUAUACUUUGAAACCUUAUAUUUGAAAUUGUAUAAUUAGAUAAAAUACUCUCGUAUUUCUUAUGAUCUCCUGAAUUUGUGUACUAUUCUUUUAGUUGGGAUUUUCUAUGUAUGGAAAAUCAUUUAAAAUA